GCACCGCCCAGGCACCGCCCCCGCCCUGGCGGGAAACCUAGGAGUGGUCUCGGGCCCUGGGGGCUGGCGGAGUCCUGCGGGUGCCAGUCACCCGAGUGGGCACCCGCGGCGCGGCUGCGGAGCUCGGCCUGGAGUCGUCGGGAUCCGGGUCCGGAGGGAGGAGCGGCGCGGUGCCGGAGGGGACCCUGCAUCAUGGACGCUCUUUCUGAAGCAAAUGGCACCUUUGCCCUCCAGCUUUUAAAGAUACUGUGUCAAGACAACCCUUCACACAACGUGUUCUAUUCUCCUGUGAGCAUCUCCUCAGCCCUGGCCAUGGUCUUCCUGGGGGCAAAAGGAAACACUGCUGCCCAGAUGGCCCAGGUGCUUUCAUUAAGCACAGAGAAAGACAUUCAUCAGAGUUUCCAGUCACUUCUUGCUGAAGUGAACAAACCUGGCACCCAGUACUUGCUCAGAAUGGCCAGCAGGCUCUUUGGAGAAAAGACUUGUGAAUUCCUCUCGGCCUUUAAGGAAUCCUGUCUUCGGUUCUACCACGCUGAGCUGGAGCAGCUUUCCUUUGCCAAUGAUGCAGAGCAGUGCAGGGAGCACAUCAACACUUGGGUCUCAAAAAAGACUGAAGGUAAAAUUCGAGAUUUACUGCCAAGUAACUCAAUCAAUGCAAACACCAGGCUGGUUCUUGUCAAUGCCAUCUACUUCAAAGGAAGGUGGAAUGAACAGUUCAACAAAAUGUACACAAGGGAAAUGCCUUUUAAAAUAAACCAGAAGGAGCAAAAGCCGGUGCAGAUGAUGUUUCAGGAAGCUACGUUUAAGCUUACCUAUAUUAAAGAGGUGCAGACCCAGGUCCUGGAGCUGCCCUACGAGGGUGAGGAGCUGAGCAUGGUCAUUCUGCUCCCGGACGACAACGUGGAUCUAAGCUUGGUGGAAAAAAAUCUCACUUUGGAGAAAUUCAGAGCUUGGACCAAGCCAGACCGUAUGCAGAGCACCGAAGUGGAAGUUUUCCUUCCGAGAUUUCAGCUGGAAGAGGAUUAUGACAUGGAAUCUGUGCUCCGGGGUCUGGGAAUGGUUGAUGCCUUUCGGGAGGACGAGGCUGACUUUUCGGCAAUGUCAGGCGAGAGAGAUCUGUGUCUGUCCAAGUUUGUGCACAAGAGUUUUGUGGAGGUGAACGAGGAAGGCACGGAGGCCGCGGCCGCAUCAACUAUCUUGGUUGUGGAGUGUUGCAUGGAUUCUGGCCCCACGUUCUGCGCCGACCACCCCUUCCUUUUCUUCAUUAGGCACAAUGCAGCCAACACUAUUCUGUUCUGUGGCAGGUUUUCCUCUCCAUAAGGGUGAGCAUUCCCCUCUUUCUGUGUCCUCCUGCCCUGCUCCACAGCCCCGGAAAAUGGGCCUUCGAAGCGCAGUGCAAAGGUGAGGCCAGAUGCCUCAAGCAUCUCAAUCCCAUGCUUGUCUACACCCAGCUCUCCCCAUCCUGACCACUCAUUUGCCCUACUUAGCCAAGUUCAUGGGACAAGAGACCUUAAUGAUUCCCUGUAGUAUUUAAAGUGCAGUCCGAAUCCGAUAGGAUGGAAUGCGAAGUUUCCCUGAAUGGCCCCAGACUUACUCCCCUCUCAUUCCACUUGUAAUUCAUUCUAGUGACACUGUGUUCUGCCUUGUACCUCAAAUCUGGUUGCAUACUUGCCUUAGCCUGUUUCAGUAGUAAUAAAUGCUGCUAGCUGAGGCUAUUAUUUUAUAGUCUGCCUGGUGCAUGGGCUUUUUAGAAAGCUUCUUUAAUGCACAUUUUUAUUUUAUCUUUGACAUUCAUGCGUCACUAAGUAGGUGGCAAGCAGGGCAUCAGGCAUUGGAGACAAAGGGGGCGGAGUCAUGGUCUUUUGACACCUGGUCUUUAAUACUCAGGCCAGAGUAGCUUUUAUGACAGGUUGGACGAGGUCAUGUCCUUAAACUUAUCAUGUGAUCUCCUCAUAGGGAUCCCCUUUCCUUCUGUUCUUGUAUUUUCUUCACCUCCAACUCUAACAAAAAUUCCGCUCAACUCUUAAAAGUUCAUUUCCAAUGUCAUCUCCAGGAAAAUUUUCCUUUUCUACAUCAGCAGGUGUGCAUCUUUGAACUCUUCAUUGCAUACUGAGGGAGGGCAUUUCUCUUAUGGCGGUUGAUUUAUUUAUUAAUCAUCUGUGUUCUCCAACUAGACCUUAAAUUCCUCAGGGGGUGGGACUAUAUUUUACAUGUCUAUGUGCCGUGUACAGUCCAGUGGUAAGUAAUUUGAUCGUAGAUGAGCUCUGUAAUUUUUUAAAAAAGUGAUUAGCUAUCAGUGACAUUAUUGGGGCCUUUUUAAAGAAUUUGUUAUUGAGGUGAAAUUCACAUAGCAUAAAGUUAACCAUUUUAAAGCGAACAAUGCAGUGGUCUUAGUACAUUAAAAAUGUUGUGCAACCGGGCGCCUGGGUGGCUCAGUUGGUUAAGCGACUGCCUCCGGCUCGGGUCAUGGUCCUGGAGUCCCGGGAUCGAGUCCUGUGUCGGGCUCCCUGCUCGGCGGGGAGUCUGCUUCUCCCUCUGACCCUCCCCCUUCUCAUGUGCUCUCUCUCUCUCUCUCAUUCUCUCUGUCUCAAAUAAAUAAAUAAAAUCUUUAAAAAAAAAAAAUGUUGUGCAACCAAAAAAAAAAAAAAUGUUGUGCAACCACCACCUUUAUCUAGUUCCAAAAAAUGUUCAUCACCCCAAAGGAAAACCCUGUGCAGUUACUCCCCCCACCCCCAAUCCAACUCCUGGCAACUGCCAAUCUGCUUUCUACCUCUAUGGAUUUACCUACUCUGGAUAGUUUAUAUAAAUGAAUUAUAUAACAUGCGACCUUUUGUUUUUGGCUUUUACUCAGCAUGACACGUUCAUUCAUGUUGUGGCAUGUGCUUCAUCUCUUUUUAUGAUUGAAUAAUAUUCCACCAUAUAGCUGUAGCAUAAGAUUUGUUUAUCCACUCAUUCAUUGGUGGACAUUUGAUUUGUUUCCAUCUUUUUGCUAUUUAUGAGUAAUCCUUCUACAAACAUGCACAUACAUGUAUUUGUUUGGAUAGCUGUUGUAUAAGGGUUCCAGUUUCUUCAUAUCCUUAUGAACACUUGUUAUUUCCCACCCCUCUUUUUAUAGAAAAAUGAUGGCGUCUCUAAGUGGGUAGGAAGUGAAAUCUCAUUGUGUGUUUUAUUUGCAUUUUCCUAUGACUAAUAGUGUUGAGCAUCUUUUUAUGUGCUUACUGGUCAUUUGCAUAUCUUCUUUGGAGAUAAGUCUAUUCAAAUGCUUUGUUCAUUUUUUCAUUGGGUUGUCUUUUUGUUGUGAAGUUGUAGGAGUUAUUUAUAUAUACUGGAUACAAGACCCUUAUCAGAUACAUGGUUUGCAAAUAUUCUCUCCCAUUGCUUAGGUUAUAUUUUCCCUUUCUUGAUAAUGUCCUUUGAUCCACAAAGGUUUUUAAUUUCAGUGAAGUCCAGUUUAUCUACUUUUUCUUUUGUUACUCACUUAUGGUAUCAUAUGUAAGAAUCCUUUGCCAAAUCCAAAGUCACGAAAAUUUACAACUAUUUUUUUCAUAAGACUUUUAUGAUUUUAGCUCUUAUAUUUAGAACGUUAAUCCAUUUUGAUGUAUAUGAUGUGAGGUAGGGGUCCAACUUAAUUUUUUUGCGUAUGGGAUAUCAGUUGUCUCAACACCUAUAAUUGCUUUUGAAUUGCAAAAGGAUGUUGAUAAUAGAUAAAAAAAAUAAUAUCUAAACAAGUGAUAAGGUGAAAAAUUAUACAGCUGGCAUAUAUAUAUCAAAUCCAUUCCAUGAAUGGAAUCCACAACCAGACUGAAAGAAAAUAUUAUAAAAAAUCAGUAAGGAAUUAACACUAGGGUAUACAAAGAACUCCUGCAAAUCAAAGAGAACAAGGCAGUCAGUUAGUAAUCAGAAAAAUACAAAUAAAAUACCAUGAGAUUCUAUGCUCAACAUCCAUCGGAUUGGUGUCAGGAAGUUGGACACCGUGCAGCAUCAGCCAGAAAGUAGGGAAAUUUAGGAGCACUCGUGGGAACAAGAACCAAUAUGGCUCAGAUAGGAAGCAAUCUGGCAGUGAACUCAAUUGGUGUCUGCUCUGGGCUCCAGCAGCUCAUUUCGGGGUGUGUGGCCCAGUGCUGUCAUUGCACAGGUCCCCAGAGGUACGGGCACGAGGGGGUUCACUGCAACUUCUUUUAUGUUGGCAAUGAAUUGGAAGCUACCUAAGUGUCCAUCUCAAUGGGAAUAAUGAAGGUGUGCACAUACUUUUGCCACUAUGUAAGAGUUAGACUAAAGUACAAAGUAGGUGUACAUUCAGUCUUACGGAUAGAUGAUACUGAGUAAAAAAUACAUAUAUAUGUGUAUAUGUAUAUCUAGUUUAACAACUUAUAAGUUUUACUUAUGUAGAUUAAAAAUCUCUGCAGUAUAUAUUAUACAAGGAUACACACCUACUGUAUUUCUUUUUAUUGGUGAGAAACUUUUCAUAAAUUUUGCUAUGAUGUUUUAUUAAUGAACAGUUUUUUUAUCCCAGGUUUUCUUCCGUAGUGAUUUUUGACACUGCUUUCAAUUCUUAGAAAUACUUUCCCAUUGAAGCCAGCACGGCACCUAUAUUUUCUUCUAAACUGUUAUGUUUUUAAUUGAUUUAACUAUUUAAUCCAUCUGAAAUUUGUUUCUGUGUUGUUGACAUUCAGGAGAAAAUAUAAUUGUAUUUAUUUACAAAUGGCCAACUUCUCAACAUUAAUUGUAAAUAAUCUGUUUUUCCCUAGUGUUCACGGUGAUUUUCUCAUCUUCAUUCUUCAAGGUGAACAUCAGAAUAAUUUUGCAAUACUCAAAGUAAUGUUUUUAACUUUGGUAUUUUUUGGAGGGAUUAGUGUGACAUUAAACAUAUAAAUUUGGGGAUAAAUUAAUCUAUUUACAGGGUUUAGUCUUGUUCAGGAAAUGUGAGGAGUCUCCAUUUAUUCAAAUCUUUUUUAUCUCCCUCUCUCUAUAUAUAUUUAUGUAUAUAUAUAUAGACAGAGAGAGAGAGACAUAGUUUUGUUUUUCUUGUUAUGGUAUUUCUAAGUUUUAUUGUCAUUAUAAUAAUUGUAGUGAGAGCAUUUUUCCCUCAUUUGGUUAUGGGUGGCAUAUAAGCAAACGAAGUUUAGUACAUACUAAAGAGAAACAUCAUUUCUCCCUCCUCCUACUAAAUACUUUUGACCCCAGUUGUGUGGGUUUUUCCACACCAAGCAGUUCUCCGCUUCUCAGGGACACCGACUGGGUGCCUUACAAUUUAACUGAAUUUUAUUUUUUCCGCAAUAGAAGAAUUUAAUUCAUUUAUAUUAUGCAAUACUCUGCAGAACAUUUUUUUAAAUUGUGAAGGGUCUAUAUGCAGUUCCUGAAAAAGGUCAUGAAAACAAAUUAAGUGAAAAAUACAGCUUUCAGUACAACGUGCCUACAUGAUGCACGCAUUUAUGUGAACAGACCCUGUAUGUCUACACGUAAAUUCACAUAUGUGAGUCUCUGGGAAAAGGUUUAAAAGGCUAAGCCUUCACCUUUAACAGAGGUUAUCUCUGGGAAAGGUUUUGAGGGGGAAUGGGAGGAAAACUUCCAGUUUUUACUCUCUGUGUUUCAAUAUUAUUUAAUGUUUCAACUAGGAAAAUCUAAUCCUGUGAUCUGCACAUAAUUCAAAGGAAGAACUCCAGGAUAUAACCACAUGUGUAAUUCUGAGUGACACGGUAUUGAAACUGAAAUAAAUCUACAUAAACAGCUUUAAAA